GCCCACACAGCUCUAGCCAGUGCUGAGCUGCUCUGCAGACCAGAGGAAGGCGAGUGGAGCCUGCCAGUCUUUUCAGAUAGCACAGCAACAGCCAUUGGUGCUCAGAGGGCUUUCAUCAGAAAUUUGUGGGCAGAAACUUCCCGGGGUUUGCUCUGAGCUUCUGAGGUUUCUGUGUUUUAGAUACUAAGUGAGUGGGUGUCUCUCUGAGACACAGAAAGAGAAGACAAGAGAGAGGUGUUUCCCUUGGCUAUGGAAACUCUAUAAAGACAGAGGCAACUUUUCAGCAGUCAGCACCAGCAGCCCUGUGUCUGAUGCUUCAGUCUCCACAGGACUGAGAGAAGUGAAACCCAAGUCACUGGAUGCCAUGCAGCAGCACCCGAAUUAUCCGUACCCCCAAAUCUACUGGGUGGACAACAGUACCAGCUCUACCUGGGCUCCUCCAGAGUCAGUUUUCCCCUGUCUGUCCUCUAGACCCGGUCAAAGGAGGCCACCACCACCACCACCACCGCCACCACCACCACUACCGCCACUGCCACCGCUGCCCCCACUGCCACUGCCGCCUGUGAAGAAGAAGGACUGCAACACGGGCUUAUGUCUCUUUGUGAUGUUUUCCAUGGUGCUCGUGGCCCUGGUCGGACUGGGGCUGGGAAUGUAUCAACUCUUCCACCUACAGAAGGAGCUGGCUGAGCUCCGUGAGUCCACCAACCAAAGUCAUACAGAAUCAUCUUUGGAGAAGCAAAUAGCCCAACCCAGUCCACCCUCUGCAAAGAAGGAGCCGAAGACAGUGGCCCAUCUGACAGGCAAGCUCUACUCAAGGUCCAUCCCUCUGGAAUGGGAAGACACCUAUGGAAUUGCCCUGAUCUCUGGAGUGAAGUAUAAGAAGGGUAGCCUUGUGAUCAAUGACACUGGGCUAUACUUUGUGUAUUCCAAAGUAUACUUCCGGGGCCAGUCUUGCAACAACCAGCCCCUGAGCCACAAGGUCUACAUGAGGAACUCUAGGUAUCACCAGGAUCUGGUGCUGAUGGAGGGGAAGAUGAUGAGCUACUGCACUACGGGCCAGAUGUGGGCCCAUAGCAGUUACUUGGGAGCAGUGUUCAAUCUCACUGUUGCUGACCAUUUAUAUGUGAAUGUGUCAGAGCUCUCUCUGGUCAAUUUUGAGGAAUCAAAGACAUUUUUUGGCUUAUAUAAGCUCUAGGAAAGGGAAUUUAGGAUUUCUCCAUUAUGGUUCCUUGUGAGAGGCACUGGGAAUACUGUCUCGAAUGAAGGUCUCAAGCCUGCUGGAGGUUAAAUGAGAACACACAAACCACGAAGACCAGUGCAAACAAGGUCCAACAGGUCUGUAAUUCCUCACCUCACCUAAGGUCCAUGAGACAGACAAGAGGAGGAAUAAGGCUGAAGCACAUCAACCUCUGGGCUGCCUCGUGAGGAUGUGGAGGCGUAGAGAAGCAGCUGUCAGGUGUUCUAGAGUCCCUUGGCCAAGAACAUUUUGGCGCAUGGGAAAGGACACCUUUUAACUCACCUCCCAGGGAGGGUAUAUUUGCUACCUCAAGGGAGUUCAUCUUUCAGAUAUGUGACUGUGACAUGAAUGUGUGAGGGAUGGAAAGAGAUUUGCCUUGCAUAAGCUAAAGGGACUGAAGGAGAUCCACUCCCUAUGGGUACCAUUUUCACUUUAGCAUGCACGUCCUGAGCCACCACAUGAUGCUAACAGAGAAACAGGAGGAUCCUUGGGUGGAUCCAGUCCAUUUCCUGCACACCAUGUGUAUUUCCAGCAUAAUUGGAAGGGUGUAGGCGUGCGUGCGUGUGUGCAUGUGUGUGUGUGUGUGUGUGUGUGUGUGUGUGUGUGUAGGACAGAAAUAGCAAGAGAGAGAGAGAGAUUUUAAAGAGUCACAUAAGUAGAGAAAAUGUGGGAAUUGUGUAGGACAUAUGUGUUUGGAAAAUAUGUGUUGCAUUCAGUGAUAGAUUCUGAAUACUUCUUUGGCAACUAACUCCAAUAGUCCUCAAAAAUAUUAGAUUCUCACUUGCUGAUGUUCAGCUACUUGUUGUUUUCCUUUAAUAUGACCAAUAUUUAUAUACAUUGUGUGUGUUUUUAAUGAACAGAAGAAGUGUAAUAAUAUCCAUGUUUUAGAAAACAGAAUUCUAACCUUUGCUGGAAUUUUUUAAAAAAAUUUAAAAACUAGAAUACAGAAAGGGAUUGUGAAUAUAAAUUUUAGAAAUCACUGAGUCUUGGGCUUUUUUGUUUGUGUUACUUCUUUUAUCUCUGAUUUCUUCAUUCCUAAUUACCCCAGACUACUUUAAGAAAAAUAUAUUGAGGUAAGAAUUAUGUAGCAAAUCCUUCCAUCUUUGCCAGGCUUUCCUUGUCUCUGUCUCUAUUCUCUUUCCACUAUAUCUUCCAUUACUCAGAGUUUCCAUUAUGAAGAGUAUUACCGUGCUAACCUCAACCAACUUUCCAGGUAUUUGAAUGACAGCUUGUCUUCCUGGGGGCAGAGCCAUAGCAUGGUGGAAAAGGCACAGUCUUUGCACUAAAAAACCUGGAUUUGAGUUUUUGUUCUUCCACUUACUAACUUUGCAGUCUCUGGGCAGACCACUGGAAUAUUUCUUCAGGAGAAAAGAACUGAUGUAUACUUAGUAAAAUGGUACCUGUCAUUACUAGUAAGCCCCUCCUUGAGAAGCGCUUCAUCCUGCAGUAGUCUCUGGCCUGUGGAAUCCAUCCAGACACUUGGCUUCUUGGAUUCCCAUGCUUGUCACUCAAGAAACCUUUUCCUGUUUUUUUUCAACUACUCACAGUCGUGGCUCUCCCUAGAUCUAAUUAUCAUUAGAA